AUGAUGAAGAGGCACUUUUGCUCACACCUUCUUCUUUCCUCGUUGUUUGCCGUCAAUCAUCUGUCGGUACCUACCUACCUUCGAUUAUUCUCUGAGGUGCCUUCCGAUAAUAAUUCAAUCAUGUUGGAGUACGGAGCACGAUCCGGAAUACCUUCCACUCCUUCACCGUGCUUGCCUUCCCGUCCUUCUCGACGAAGCUGCCCACACUGCACCUCCCCUCCCCGGUUCUCCCCCCCUCCAACUGCACCUGCCUCCCGCACCCGCACCCAAGGUAAGGCAAGGUCGCACCUGCACGUUGCACAUCCCGUCGACUCCACACCCACCUCCCAGCUCCUUCCUAUCGACAUUCGUUCUGCAGUUUCUGCAGUGUGCAGCUACCUCGCGCUACUGCUGCAGAGCACGGCCUUGCCACUGACACUUUUCUCUCCUUUUUUGCAUCUUCAUCAUCGUUCUGCCUCCCAAUUCGUACCAUUCUACGGAUACAUUACCUUGCCUUCUCAAGGUAGUUACACAUCCUUGAGAUUGAGAGGCUCAGAGCAUCUGGCCCAUGCCCGCGUCUGCCCACAUCCGUUCAUGUCGGGUCUUGCUUCCUACUGCAAUAAUCCAAUUCGUCCGUCCGCUGCAUAUCCUGCCAACAGGGGCCUGCCGCCGCACGCCAGCCACUCUUUCAUCCCUCCAUCACAUCAUGAGCUGAUCCAGGCUUCAGACUCUUCUCCUCUUGACUCUGGCCCCGUCUCCGGUCUCUUCCCGAAUCGCUUCAAUCAGCCGACUACCACCACCACCAUCUCACCCGCCCUCUAG